GGCUAACCGGAAGUACUUAGAAAGCAGGGUGGAAGUAGGGAGUUGCACGUGGUCUUCUCGUAGCUUGUACCGAUCGCAAUGGGGCGUUCGGGCAAGCUGCGAUCUGGCUCUGCCAGUAAACUCAAGCGUUGGCGCAAGGGCCAUAGCAGCGACAGUAAUCCGGAGGGGCGACGUUACCGCUUGGCUGCUCGUGGUCGUUUGCUCGCUCCCCGAUCAGAAAACAGUAACCUGACUGUGGAUGCUUUGAAACUGCACAAUGACCUACAGUCACCAGGACCGCUGUCUGCCUUAUGGGAUGAGGAAGGAACCCAGGCCUGCAUGGAAGAGGAUGAUAAUGCUGAAGCUGCUAAGACCCACAGAUCUUCAGCCACCUUCCUGAGUGGCCUGACCGAUUGCACCAACCUCACCUUCAGCAGAGUGCAACGACUCUGGGAGUCCAACUCUGCUGCCCAUAAAGAGAUAUGUGCUGUCUUGGCUGCUGUCACGGAGGUGAUCCGGGCACAGGGUGGCGCAGAGAGUGAAACAGAGUAUUUUGGUGCAUUGAUGACUACUCUGGAAGCUGUGGAAUCUCCGGAGUCCCUAGCUGCUGUUGCAUACCUGCUGAAUCUGGUGUUGAAGAGAGUGCCAGGCCCUGUGCUGAUCAAGAAAUUCUCAGAUACGUCCAAGGCCUUUAUGGGCAUCCUAGGUUCCCAAGCCUGCGGGGAGUCCACUUUGGCCCUGCGCUGGGUGCUCUCCUGCCUAGCUACACUGCUGCAAAGACAGAACCUGGUCGCCUGGAAUUACCCUGUGACAAUGCAAGUUUUCCAUGGCCUUCUCAGCUUUACUGUUCACAUCAAGCCCAAGGUCCGCAGGGCUGCUCAGCAUGGUAUUUGCUCCAUCCUGAGAGGUAGUGAAUUCCUGUUUGGAGAUGGGGCCUCCUUGCAUCACCCAGCUGCAUCUUCUACUGCCAAGUUCUGCGUGCAAGAGAUUGAGAAAGCUGGAGGUGCUAAAGAGGCCACAACUACUCUACAUGUGCUAACUCUGCUGCGUGACUUGCUGCCCUGCCUGUCUGCCCCAUCUGUGAAAUCUUGCUGUGAGACCCUCCUUCGGGUUAUGACUCUCAGCCAUGUGCUAGUGACAGCAUGUGCUAUGAAAGCCUUUCAUAGUCUCUUCGUUGCCCAGCCACCCUCAUCCUGCCUGCCAGCUGAACUCAAUGCCCAGAUUAUCACAGCCCUGUAUGACUAUGUGCCCAAUGAGAGUGACCUGCAGCCUCUGUUAGCCUGGCUGUCUGUUAUGGAGCGGGCACAUGUCAAUCUGGCAAAGCUGCAGUGGGAUCUGUGCUGGGCUCACCUUUCCCGCCUCUUCAAUGCGGCAAUGAACUGCUUCCUUUCUCCUCAUAUCCAAGUGGUCUCUGCUGCGGCCCAGGCCCUAAAGAUCUUGCUCAAUGAGAGUGUGGCCCCUCACAUGGCAGAACUAGGGCUGGUUUCCUCUACCACUCCCACUGGACCAGCUGCCCAUGUCUGCAAGAUGUUCAGGGCAGUGGAAGAGGGCUUGACGUACCGGUUUCAUGCAGCAUGGGCCUCCGUGUUGCAGGUUUUGAGAACUUUCUUUGAAGCAUGUGGGCAGCAGUGUCAUCUCAUCAUGCGUAAGUGCCUACAGUCCUUAGCUGACCUGCGUGACUCCCCACACUUUCCCCACACUGUGCUGCUUGACCAGGCUCUAGGGGCUGCAGUGGCUGCUAUGGGCCCUGAGGUUGUUCUACAGGCUGUACCUCUAGAUAUUGAUGGCACAGAAGAGACAAUGGAUUUCCCACGUAGUUGGCUUCUUCCUGUGCUCCGAGAUCACAUCCGAGAUGCACCCCUUGCCUUCUUCUCAAGCUACUUCCUGCCACUGACUGCCACUCUAAAAAACAGAGCCACAGAGUUUGCCCAAGUAGGACGGGACUUAGAAGCCAAAAUCUACGAUACGCUGCAGUGGCAGAUCUGGACCCUUCUGCCUAGUUUCUGUAGCCACCCCACAGAUGUGGUAUCCUCAUUUAAAGGAUUAGCACGCACUCUGGGCAUGGCCAUCAGUGACCGCUCUGAUCUGCGGCUUGUAGUGUGUCAAGCUCUGCGCAGGCUAAUUAAUAAGGGCUGCCAGACAGAAGCUGAGCGUGCUGAAGUUGGGCGUUUUGCAAAGAAUUUUCUACCCAUCCUAUUCAAUGCAUAUAGCCAGGAGGGUGGUGCCAGUGAGAGUCCUGUACAUCGACGCUCUGUGUUGGACACUGUCCGAGCCUACUUGACAAUCACUGAGUCACAGAUGGUGCAUGCUUUCCUGGAGAAAGCUAGUGAGAAACUGACCAGCCCUGAUAGUUCAGAGUUUACUAGGCUCUCCAUGUUGGAUCUUGUUGUAGCCAUGGCACCCUAUGCCAAUGAGCCAUCUUUGCAUGUUCUCUAUGGCACCAUCCAGUCCUCCUUGCAGAACAAGGACCACAGGAUACAGAAGAAGGCAUAUCGGGUGCUGGAGGAGGUAUGCGCAUCUGACCAGCCUGCAUGUCAAAACUUUGUUCAAAGUCAUCUGGAGGAGCUGCAGAGUGCCCUACUAGGCUCAUUGCCAAGGGCCACUUCACCUGCCAAGAGGCCUCGUUUGAAGUGCCUCUUCCAUGUUGUCAGGCAGCUCACAGUGGAGCAUGAGGAUUUUGUUACUGCCCUGGUGCCAGAGGUAAUACUUUGCACCAAGGAAGUGUCUGUGGGUGCCCGCAAGAAUGCUUACAACUUACUUGUAGAGAUUGGUCAUGCUUUCCUGGGCUUUGGCCCUACUCCAAAUGAUGGAAUGCAACGUUAUCUCCUCCUGGUCUAUGCGGGCUUGACUGGCUCUGUCACCAUGAUCAGCUGCACUGUGCUUGCUCUUGCACGUCUACUCUUUGAGUUCAAAGAACACGUUGGUCCAGAUGCCCUGGAGCAGCUCAUGCAGCAUGUCUGCCUCAUAGUAGGCUCACGGACACGGGAUGUCGUCAAGUCAGCUUUGGGCUUCCUCAAGGUUGCACUGUUGCUCCUGGAGCCAACAUUGUUGAGUCGGCACUUGGAGACCAUGUUGGAAGCCAUAGGAGGAUUGACAGAUGACAUGAGACGUCAUUUCCGCAUGAAGCUGCGAAACCUUCUCUCCAAACUGAUCCGCAAAUUUGGUUUUGAGCCUUUGCAGGCUUUGCUCCCUGAGUCGUAUCGCAAGGUGCUGCUGAAUAUCCGCAAGGCUGAGGCAAGGAACCGCAAGCGGCAAGCUUUGAAACGGGCCGCAGCCACUUCUGUAGAAGAGGAGGAGGAACAUCAGUACAACCCAAUGGGGAGAGGUAUGUACAUGGAGGAGGUCCUCGCAGACUCAGACUCUGACUUCGAAGGUGAUGUCAAGCAGCACAAAGGAAAAGAGACCAGGAAAGUGCUACGGCAAGGAGACCAGGCCUGGCUUAAGGAAGGAGAAGACGAUGAACCCCUCAACUUCUUGGACUCUAAUGUGGCACAGAGGGUUCUGGCUACCAAGCCAGGCUCUGGUCAGACUGGUAAAGUCAGCCAUGACUUCAAGGUAUCUGCUGAUGGUCGUCUCAUUAUAUGUGAAGAGGAGGAAGAGGAAGAGGAAGAAGAGGCUAAAGGAGUGGAUGAAGAGAUGGCAGAUCUAAUGCAGGAAGUUGGGAUCCAAAGCAAAAAGGCUCAGAAGCGCAGAUUCCGGGAAGAAGCAGAUGAUGAGGAAUUGGGCACUGAUGCAAAACCACAGUAUAAAGCUGGAGGUGCUGGAAUCCAUCGACCUGUUGGCAAGAAUGCAGCACCUGGGCUAGAAUACAAGGCAAAGAAAGGCAAAGGUGACAUCAAAAAGAAGGGCCGCCUGGAUCCUUACGCCUACAUUCCACUGAACAGAGCCAAACUUAACAGGAGGAAAAAGGCCAAACUUCAGGGACAAUAUAAAGGCCUCAUGAAGGGAGCCCAGCGUGGUGCCCAGGCAGGCAAGAAGCAUCGUAAGAAGCAGCCCCAUUUCUGAAGGAGACAGGUCUCGUCCAAACUCCUCUGGGGUGCAGUUCCUGUCAAGGCAACUUAACUCUGUGGGGUCUGGUUGUUGCCACCACUCAACUGGAGCUGCUGUUUGGAAGUGAAAUGAGAUCAGUAGUUCCACGCAGUGGCAGUGUACACUUUUCUCAGCCAAAAGGAGAUGUACAUUCUAGCUCAGGCUCCCUUCUGCUAUUUAUGGAGGUAUGAAGUAGGGCUCUUCUCACCAGAUGCUGCUGCUGUUUUUGCACAGCUAUGUGUGCUUUUACCAGCCUUGAACUUUGUGCAAGAGAAGUAUAGUUGCCACCUCUAAUGAACCUCUGAGCAAUACGUGUUAACAGAAGCCAGAAUUUCUUAAAGCUUUCCGCUUCUGACUGUAUUACUUCUCUUCCUGAUUUUCACAAACACCCAUCAUAGAAUGAAUCUUGAAAUGCAGAGAAAAAUUGGAUUUUCUAGAAAUGUUGACCAGCUGCCCAAAGGUCGUCUAUGUCAUUGGUUCUGGCACUCUUCAAGACAAAGGAAGAAAACAGAUGGGGAGAGCAGCUUUUACCAGACCAGCUUAGAUUGAAGAAAGGGUAGUUCUGAACCAAACCCUAUAUGCCCAUUUUAGAGGUUUUCUUGCUACUCUUGAGUUCUAAAACCAUAAACUGUGUUUGAUUAAAACCUGAGCUUCUCAAGGCUGUUUUUGCUGUUAUGGUCAAAACCCAGCUUCCACAAACCAAGUUUAUGACUUUUAGUAAUCUUUAUUGCUUUCUUUUGUGAUUUGCUUUAUAUAUAAAUAAGGAAAUUUAGUUUUAAAGAUCUAAAGGAAAACCUUUAAACAGCAGUAAAUAGUAACUUGCUGUAUAGUAUAAUAUAUUUAAAUGAAACAACAUUUAAGUGAGUUAUUACACAGGCCAUAAAUGUUUCUGUGGCAGCGGUUUAUCUAGUAAUCUUUUGAAUUCUCAUGUCUCGAAAUGAAAGAAUUCAUUUGCUUUUACCUUUAGGGUUAAAAAGCUUUAUUAAAAAGGACACCAUCUACCAAGUGUGGAUAGAAUUUAUCCAGUUUUUAAAAACUGCUAGAAAAGCUUUGAAAGCUUAGAGCACAAGAUUAUCUUAUAUAUAAUGCAACUACUGCUGUGACUAAUAAGCAUUUUGGUUGUAGAUAUUAAACCGUGUGAAAUGAGUGAGGAGAGCAAUUCUAUAUACCAGUUAAGGUGUGGGGGUAGAGAAUAUGGUGGUACUACUAUACUGGGAGAAUAGCUGCUAUAUUUUUUGCUCAGCCUGGCAGCACGUGAGUAGCUGCACAACAAAUUCCGAAAGUGGCAUAAAGAACAGACACUCACCAUAGUCAGAGAGUGUGCCAGUGGCAACACAUGCAUGGGGACAGAGCCAAUGAAUCCAGUGAUAGGGAUACCCCCCACUGCAUCACAUGAGAAAUCAUGACAUAGUUCCUUAAUCGGGCAUCAACAACCCGACCCCUGCUACUCUUCACACAGGUGUGUAAGUCCCCCAUGCUGCUUGUACACACUGUUUAUUUUUUAUUAUAGUUAUUUAUUUAUUACAUUUAUACCUCACCUUUCUUUUCAUGACAGAAACCCAAGGCAGCUUACAUAUGGUGCCCAGACAGUCUCCCAUCCAGGUGCUGACCAGACCUGACCCUGCUUAGCUUCAGCAGGGAGCUGGCCUUAUGUGCCUUCAGAGCAUAGCCUGGGACUAUUUACAAAGUACCAUUAAAGCACCAAACAUCCUUUGCUUCCUUCGUUGACUCUAGAUGCCAUUGUCAUCUUCCAUCUCCUGAUCUAUAAGCUGCUAUACCUUUCUUGACAUCUGCAUCAUGGUAACAUCAUCUUAGACAGAGAAGCUUGGAUUGACCACAAGUACUCUGGUGUGGUAGAUAUUAGGACAAAUACCCUUCCAGAAAUGACAGAAGAUAACAUUUUGAAAAGGAAGGAGCAAGACUAAUCCUAAAAGCUAUUAUACUACAAAGCUGAAAUGGCUUACUCUGGAAUAGUUUCAGUGGCACUAUUCCAGAAGUAAGCGCAUCAAUUUCCUUUACACAAUUUUAAUUCCAAUAUUUGGAUAAAGUUGGUCCUGCAAUUAGCCCUGUCUAGUAGCAAGAUAUUUAUUGUACCACUUAUCAGAGUUAUGUCAUAUGCAAACACAUUCAACAAUAUACAAGUCUAAAAUAAAAUUUCCACUCCACUUUGCAGACAUUUGAAAUCAAAUCAAUUUGGCUAUUUUUGUUAUUUUUUUCAAAUAUACUGAUGGGGAGUUAGAAAGAUCCUGAAAAAAAUCAUCCUGUCCAUCCCAUUUCCACUAAGGCAAGAGGCAGUCAAUAGGUUUGCACUGCAAUGAGUUUGAAAACAUACUGAUCUUUAGAGGGGAGGACUGUAUAUUGUUGGUAGAAUACAAGCAUGCAAAAGGUUCCAGGUUCAAUCCUUGGCACCUCCAGAUAGAGCUAGGAAAGACUCGUGCCUGAAAUGCACGAGAGUUGCUGCCAGUCAGUGUUGAUAAUACUGAAUUAAAUAGACUAUGGUGGUAUAAGGCAGCUUCCUAGGUUUUUAAAAUCAAGCCAAGAGAAAGACCACAGCCUUCCUUGAGAACUUUUUCUCCAUUGCUAAACUCAUCUAUAACAAAUUAUGUUCCUACCAUGCUGCUUAAAUUAGUAAGCUACAAUGCAAUACUGAUUUCAGUGUGCUUUAGUCACUCCUUUCAAUAGGCUUAAGCAAAGUAAACUCUGUGAUGCAUUGUGUCUGUUGUGUCUGGCCAACUGCAUAACUACCGAUUAUUUUCUUUUUGAUAACUUCACACAUACUUGUAAGCUGCUGUUUUGCUUACACCAGAUAAUUUUCUAAGGGUACACAGUCUUGCCGACUUUCAAAAUAAACAGUAACUUUCAUCAUCUUCCCCUGAGCUGUAUCCAACUUGGUAGCAUUUUUUGUGAAGUGCUGUGAUGAAUGCAGAGCAUCACAGUUUGCCAGACAAUAAACUGCUGUGAAAAGGAAAACAGAAAACAAUUCUUUUUAUUUGUGUAUCCCAAUAUAACAUGGGGGGAGGGGUUGAAAGUGGGAAAAAAAACUAUCCUUAGUCUUAUUUGCCAUGUGCUUUCUAGUUCUUCAUGCUUUUAUUUAUUUAUUAAAUUAAUAUCCCGCCCUUCCAGAAGGAGCCCAGGGCAGCAAACAAAGCACUAACAACACUCUAAAACAUCUUAAAAACAGACUUUAAAAUAUAUUAAAACAAAACAUCUUUAAAAACAUUUUUAAAAAAGCAGUUCCAACACAGGCGCAGACUGGAAUAAGCUCUCUACUUAAAAGGCUUGUUGAAAGAUGAAAGUCUUCAGUAGGUGCCACAUACAUAAAGAGAUUGUGCCUGUCUAACAUUUAAGGGGAGAGGAUUCCAGAGGGUAGGUGCCACAACACUAAAGGUCCACUUCCCAUGUUGUGCGAAUGGACCUCCGAUAAGAUGGUAUCUGUAGAAAGCCCUCACCUGCAGAACGUAGUGAUCGACUGGGUAUAUAAGGGGUAAAACAAUCAGGUAUCUUUUGCAAUGUCCCUAGCAUAGCCUCAUCCGCAUCUACAUUCACAGCUGGAGUACCAAUAUUCUGGUGCUCUACAACUGGCUGAAUACGUACCUCUUGCUGCCACUCUGGUAUAUUACCAGUGUUGUCCUACUCUCCUCUUAUGCAUCUCUUCAGCUUCUUUCAGAAAUGCCUGUAUUUCACCCAUUUCUACCUUCAGCAGGUGCCCAAAAUCAAGAGAUCAGUAUGGUUUUUUUUCACUGAGGGAGGAAAGCAGAUGUUUCAGAGACUUUACCUAUGAACCUAUGAGACGAGGCUGAUAAAUAUUAAAUGAGUGUGAGCUAGCUUGUAAAUGGUCAGGCACGGCUAUAUAAUUGCAAACUCAGCAAUUAUCACCUGAUGUGUAUUGGUGCUUGUAGUCACCCUGUUCUGGGAUGUGUGGAAAAGUGUUGGGGGUGUAUACUGCAUCAGAGACUAGCAGCAAUCCCAUGUCGCAAAUCCAAGAGUUUAGGAUUAUUGACAGCCCUUCUCCAGUUACACCAAGCAUGCUAAAGCCAACACAGCAUUGCUGCCUCUGUAUUUUUUCAAUAGGCUGUUUGCCAUUUAACAGAGAACAAGCAUAAACUUUACAAGCCAAACUAUCUGCCUGUGUUUUAGACUGGAGAGGCUUGAGCAAUUUUUUUUGAGUCUGACUACAGCAAGGGUGGUGAACCUUCAGCUUGCGUGCCAGUCUUGGCCAACCAGGGGUUCAGUUUGGCCUGCAAGGCUGUUUCCCUAAAACCACAUCCACCUGCCUAUCAGCUGAUGUGCAUGGCAGAAUGGUUCAGUUCCAUGCUGGCAGUUCUGGCUAUCUUGUCCUCAAUAAAGAGCAGUCCUUCCCCUGAAGCACUCUCCCACCCAUCUGCACCAGAUCGGAUCCAGGAGCAGAACUGGUGACAAUGUUCAGAUCAGGAGGACAGGGAACCUCCUGCCACACAAUUUUUUUCCUCAGCCCAGCUGCCUUAAUGACAAAAUCAUCACAGAAAGGGGCUUGAUGGAGGUAUUCUCCCUCACCAACAUCAGUGACAGUUCUGGCUGUCUUGCCCUCCUUAGAAGCACUCUUCACCCAGAUCAGAUUCAGGAACAGAGGUGGUGGCAAUGUCUAGGCUGCAAGAUCUUGCUUCAGACAGCUGAGACAAAGAGUUGGGUACGAAUAAAGACCUACAGCAGAGGGAGGCAGUGUGAAACCCUGGAGAGUUGCUUGCCAGUCAGUGUAGACCAGAGGGUUCCCACAUUGUGGUUUACCACCAGUGGUCUGUGAGCUUCACCAAGGGGUCCAUGGCAUGUCUGGAUUAAAUAUUAAUAAUUGAUUUUAAUGUAUUUUUAUUGUUUCUUUUAUUAUAUGUAUUUUAGUGUAUUACAAUUACAAUUCCACAGAAUUCAAAUUGUAAUACUAUAAAAUACAAGACAGGAAAUAAACGAAGCAAUAAAAACACAACUAAAAAUCAUACCACAUCUAGCACAGCACAUUUCAAUUGCUACAACAGGCAGGUAGAAAAGUCAUUAAGUGGUCUGCCAAGUCCCUCAGCAAGUUUCAAGUGGUCUGUGGGGUAAAAGUUUGGGAACCACCACUGUAGGCAAUACUGAGUUAGAUAGAAUAAGGAUCUGGGUUCAGCAAUUUGAAAGUCUUCAUGAAGAUCUCUUUCAGCAGCUAUCAUGGCUGGAGUAACAAGUGCCAUUGACUUUUCUCUAGCUUUGAAUAGCCAGAGUGUACUGCUCAUCAGUCACUGAGAGCUUCUUAUGACGCUGACAUCCAUAAUUCAAAGUAUUACAAAAUAAAUGGCAUAUUUAUUAAAAAAAACAGUUACACCUUUCAUUUCCAGGCUGUCCUUGUUUGUCUAUACUUGUAACCCUUCUUACUGGCUUUAUAGCUAUUUCACCUUGAUAGGUGUGAUGUCCCUGUAUAUAUAUUACUGUAAAUAUGGUACGUGCGGGUUUAUUAGAGUGUAUAUGGUAAGUGGACUGAGUGAGAGGGGGGAGUACAUGGGCUGGAAUGCUGGAGAAUGUUGUAUUAUGAUUGGCUGAGCGUUUGAGUGUCUGAAGGUAUAAAUGAGAAGAUGACAGUUGGUUGAAGGUUUUGUUGGUGGGAGUUCUGAGGGAGGCUGUUGGUUGGUUUUGUGGGUUGGAUUGGAUUAGGCUGGUAGUGAGGCAGGUUAUUGACGACUAGUAACAUAAAGAGUAACGCAUCUGAUGAAACCAUACGCUUG